AUGAGCAAACGACAGUUCAAAACACAGGCCUCGAGCAGUCGGGCAGCUGCCGCCAAAACAUUCGGAGGCUUUGGUUCCAUUUCAACUGGAAGCCGAAGCAUCUUGUCCUAUGUCACGGAACUCCCAGACCUCUCCACCAUUACCGACCCCAACAUCGUGGUUGCAUUUAAAAGUCUUUCCAAGACCGAUGCCACGACGAAGGCCAAAGCCCUGGAGACCCUUCAGGACUAUGUUUCGCGCCAUCCUCACAGCGAAGGCGGAGGAACAGAAGACUCGAUUCUAGAAGCAUGGGUUAGGUUUUAUCCGCGGCUUUCAAUCAACAACAACCGUCGAGUGCGCGAGCAAUCCCAUACACUCCAAUUCAUGCUUCUGAAGUCGGCCCGCAAGCGUAUGGAAAAGCGUAUACCAGAAACGGUGGGGAGUUGGCUCGCGGGAUGCUAUGAUAGAGAUGGCUUUGUUGCACGAGCCGCACAAAACGGUAUCGCCUCAUUCCUUGAUACGGACGAUAAGGUAACUGCGUUUUGGACUCGUUGCCAGUCUCAAAUCCUUGAUUAUGCUCAGGAGGCCAUCAAUGAGAGCGCAGAGACCUUGAGUGAUGAGCGUAACACCAGCAAAGACGAUUCCGAGGCACUAUACCUAAGGGUUAUUGGCUCUGGCAUCUCACUGGUUACUAAACUCCUAUCCAAGCUAAAGAAGGACGACAUCGUCAAGUAUCAAGACAAGUAUGAAGACUUCCUACGUACUAAGAAAUUGUGGGCUUUGGCUGCCUCGGGCGACCCGUUUAUCCGGAAAAUACUUGAUAAUUUCCUAAUAGUUUGCCUAGAAAAGCAGACUGAUAUGGUCCAGACUUCGCUCGAUCGGAUCAGCCACGGCUUUAUUGCAAAAGGCUUACGGGCCUCUCAAGCAACCUCUUCUUUACAGCUCCUACAAGCUCUAAAAUGUUUAACCAGCCGAUUCCCUGAAGUAUGGACAUCCCAUUACAAGGAUAAAGAUGGUGGUUCCUCUUUCCGCAGACUUCGUGGCUUUGUUCAGAAGGGUUCCCAAGGCGGCCCUGCGGGAUACUGGGUAUCUUUGCAAGAACUACUCUCGAUCUUACCAGCUGGCGUGCUUCCAUCAGAUAAAGAUGCAGUCCUUGAUUUCCUAGGAGCGUUUAAAGGUGCCAUUGAAGGCAGGGAAGAACCCGCUCAACAUGCCGAGCAGGCAUGGUUGAGUUAUUUCACUACCUUUCGACUUCUAGUUGCGCAGAUCCCAGAUGCAGCCGCUCAAGCGGAGCUCUUCCGAGAAGCAAUUUAUCCAAUUUUUGAGAGAUAUUUGCAAGGUGAAAAGAGUCGUAGUCUUGUCACUAGCCCGGCUCUGGCAAAGUCAUACUACAUAUGGGCUUCAACCAAGAGUUUGAAACCCCAGGAUAGCCUGUCGUUCUAUUUACAAAAGCUGGCCAACGGGUUUAUUGCACGAGCCCUCACCUCCAACCACAUCCAACCUGUAGGGUCUGAGGCUCACAAGCAAGGCCAGAGAAAGGUUAUUGGAGAAGGCCAUCGCUGGUUUUCUCUAGUCGCUGAAAUCCUCAAGACGAACGAUCCUGAAGACUCUGCCCAGCUGAUAUGGCUGCCCUCUCGAGGAAUUGUGAGCUCUGCUCUCAGCACAAUAAUCGCUGAGGACGCAAGACCAUACUGGGCUGCUGCAAUAGUAGAAAUAGCGAUGCGACUCACACCUGUGGUCGUGAAAGACUCCCCCAAGAUUAUGGAUUCUAUCCGGGCGUUGAUCGAGGAUUAUCUCCCGCAACGAGACAUCAUCUUGUCUCCUUCGUCACGCCAUCUAGUUUCUAUCCUAUAUGUUUUUCGCUCCAUAUCUGGCCAAGAGCCCGUUUUUGAAAAAGCCUGGAUGUCAAUCACAAAUUCCCUUAUAUCAGCCCCCUCGGAUCCUAGCUCAUUGAGAGUCUUUACUACACUGCUAGCGAAUGACGAUGCGUCAAAGCUAUCCCAGGCCAGUCCUGGCCUCCAAAAAGUGUUAGUGGAUGCGAAUCUCAGAGCCCUGGAAGGAGAGCCAGAAGCGCGAUCAUUAUUUGAGACCGCCAUCACUUUUAAUUGUUAUACCGAAUCUUCAGCUGCGACAAUUCUUGAGCAAGUUCUGCACUGUUUCGACUCGAAAAAUCAGGGCCCUGGUACCAAUUUGGAUAAGUUAAACCACGCCUUCAACACUCUUGAGUUUGUUUCAAGACAUAAGCCCAAUCUUCUAAACCAAGACAAGAGUAGCCAUAUGCUUUUGAUUACGAUGCUAUUGGAAAUUACAGAAAUAUCGGAUACAAGUCUGGCGUCACGAGCAUCUGCUUUGAAGUCAGUUAUCGAGAGGGGAAGCAAGACUCCGGGGCAAAUAGAACCAGAUUCAGCCUUGGAUCUAAUUCGAUGGAAUCUAGAGCUUGAGCCUAAUAGCCCUCGAAUAUUGCUUAUCGAGACUCUUGUCCAGCAGGCUAAAUCUUGUCGAGAAGGCGAAAAGUCUGCCCCUGCUGCUGCUUUCUUCCCUAAUGCCAAGAAAUGGACCGAGGCCCUUGAACCAAUCCUAGGCCUGACCCCUAACCCAGCGCUAGGUGUUAUGAGACCUUGGGCAGGGGCAGUUUUCGUUGGAGCAGACCAAGCAGCGGCCAAUAGCUCAGCAGCGUCGAUGAAGACGAAGUCUUUCGCAAUCGCUCUUCGAAUGGCGCUUUAUACGUCCAAGUUCACCGAUGAUAUGGAUAUGAUUUUGGGACUACCAAAGGAGACCCUUGUGGAGAUUUUACUUUCACUUGUUUUGACUGCUGAGGUUCUGAAUGACCAGCUGGAUUCCAUUGCUCCUGGUGAAUUUCCUGAGUGGGCGACAGAAGAUGACGAUGAGAUGGAUGAGCUUAGAGAUCUCACAUCUAACACCCGUCUGGCAGUCAUGGUCAACAGUGCGAAAGGAUGGCAACGUAGUAACAUUUCGCAGGAUACCAAUGUCGCGAGUUCCUCCAUCGUUCAAGCAUUGAUUGACAAACUCCUCAAGACCGCAAUAGCUGGCCCCGGCCAAUACUAUGGUGCAAGAGCCCUAGGCCACUUGAUAGCAAGCUUGGUGGAUGCUCAUGGUUGGGAUCCUGUAUCUGGCGACUCGUGGCUCUCGGACCUGGGCAUCUUGAGUCCGUCGACGAUAAAUAUCCUAGGGGCCACUGCGGUACUCACUGGCCUGGAAAGCAACCUGAAACCUAGCAGGCUUAUAAACACCUUCUGCAACCGGCUUAUAAGCGAUGUAGCUGGCGCUUCCGCUACAUCAGAAAAAACACUUGGGUUGCUUGUCCUUCUCAAUGCUACACUAGCAGUCUACAGCGGAGACGAAUUACCCGUCGCAAAGAAUCGCCUGAUUUUUGCUACCAAACAAAUACUCUCUUGGACACCCACCUUGGCGAAAACCGAUUAUAGGAUUGCAUCUGAGGCGUGCCGGGCCCUUCAAGUACUUCUACCUGCUAUGAUCGAUGUUUACGGCACAUAUUGGGAAACAACCCUCGAGUUUUGCAUAUCCAUAUGGAACUCGGCUCAAGACGGCGAACUUUCUGACGAGAGCCUUCCUAUGACUGGAAUGUCUCUCAAGCUUUACUCGAUAUUGCGCAAAUUGGAAGACCCCAACGAUGAUCUGAUCGAGGCUCUCGCUGAGCAUAACAAGGAGAUUUCCAAGAGUUUGGUUGAUCUGCUGAAACUGCGGAGGCCAAUGGAACAUCAACCUUUAGAUUUUGUGGAUACGCUUUUGUUGCGGCAAUUACGAGAUGUCCCUUUGGACCAUGUGGAAGACCUAUCGGAGUUUUAUCCUCUCAUUGCCACGGAUAGCCGGAAUUUGCAAUCUGCGGCUUACGACGUGCUUCAUAGAGCAUUGCCUGCUGCUCAGCAACAAAUUUCCGUGGAUGUCCUGUUAGAGAAUCAGACUGCCCGACUUCCAGACGAACUGCUGUCACUGUUACUCGACCCACCAUCAAUUCCAGAUUUCUCUGAUGAAAUGCUAGAAGAGUUUCCGACGUCUAUUAGAGGGUACCUCUUGUCAUGGCACCUCGUCUUCGAUUCUUACUCGAACGCCUCGUUCAGAGUCCGAAAUGACUACAGUGAAGUAUUAAAAUCAGAGAACUACAUCGGGCCGCUUCUUGGGUUUCUCUUCGACAUCUUAGGUCAUUCAGCUGGCAAACCGGUUGACCUGGACAGACAGCAUAUCGAAUCACCGGCCAUUCUUACUUACGAUAUGUGGGCAGCAAUCGACUCGGAAUCUCCCAAACGAGACGUGUGGUGGCUUCUCAUCAAUCUAUACUACCUAUCUCUCCAAUACACUCCUAAUCUAGUCAAGAACUGGUGGCUUGAUUGCAAAUCCAAACAAACUAGCAUCGCUGUCAGCAAAUGGACGGAGAAGUUCUUCUCUCCCCUUCUCAUCCGCGAGGCUAAGGAUGAAGUUUCCAAGUGGGCAGAUGAGCAGGAUACGGCAUCUGAAGAUGAGAAGGACCUCAUUAUCAAAGUAUCGAAGAAUACUCCUACCAUACAAGCUGGAUAUGAGGUCGAUGAGAUGAUGAUGCAGAUCAUCAUCUCAUUGCCGGACAACUACCCCCUUCAAGGUGUCGAAGUCCGUGGUGAGAAUCGAGUCGCAGUGAAAGAAAAGAUGUGGAACAGCUGGCUAAGAACCACGCAAGGCGUUAUGACCUUCAACAACGGCUCCAUUGUCGAUGGCCUAACAGUAUUCCGUCGCAACGUCGUAGCCGCCUUGAAGGGCCAGACCGAAUGCGCCAUCUGCUAUUCCAUCAUCUCGUCCGAUAAACGCAUGCCCGAUAAGCGAUGCCAGACAUGCAAGAAUCUGUUUCAUUCGGGCUGUCUGUACAAGUGGUUCCAGAGUAGUAAUCAGAGCACUUGUCCUCUAUGCCGAAAUCCUUUUAACUAUGGUUCGGAUACGGCUAGGAGGACUCGGGAUCCUGCUGGACAGGCUUGA